AUGAAGAUUUCAAUAGGACUUUUCCAACUGAACGAUGUGGCGUAUAUAACAUCUUUCCAUACGUCUCUUGCAUCAAUCACUAGGUUACAAUCUGCAGGAAUUUCGUGGAAUCCACAGACAGGAUGCAUUUUUAAUUCAGAAAAAACAAUUUGCUUUACAGAAAGAAUUCUCAACCAAUAUGUUAUUGAGUAUAACAAAUUUGAAUCAGUAAUUACUAAAUCUUCAUUUUCUACAAAGGGUUCAGAUAUAAAAUAUGUAACACCAACAGAUAUUCCAACCUGGCAUGAACGACUUGGACAUCCUUCUAGCAAGAUACUCGAAAAAGUUAUUGAAAAUCAUUCUUUAUCACCGUUUGGAAUUAAAAAAGAACCAGAGAACUGCGAGCCUAGCAAGCUUGGUUAUAACGGGAAAAAGGUAGCGUUCUUGGUCAAGAAUUAUUAUACAAACCUAAUAUUUUUCCACGCACUUUCAAAUUUAUCUAUUCGACAACCUGUAAAUUUUUUUAAUGUUCAGAGAUUUAUAAGAACUCAAGUUUCACUUGAAAUAUGCAUCGUUUAUCGAGAUAAUGAUGUUUCUUUGCGACAAGAAUAUCAAAACUUUAUCCCAGAUCAUGGAAUCUUAGACGAGCUUACUGCGCCUUAUACGCCUGCUCAAAACGGCUCCGCUGAGCGUUCUGGAGGGGUAAUUUCUACAAAAGCGCGCAUGAUGCGUAUUUCUUCGAGUUUACCAGAAUCUCUCUGGCCCGAUAUUUGGAAAAUAACGGUAUUUAUUUAUAAUCGCCAUUUUUAUCAUAAAUCAAGACUUAGAUCCAAUUUCAUUCUACCAUUUUCGAGCCAAAUUGAAUACAAUAUGGAGAUUUGGAUAUCUCUAAUGGUAAAACUAUUUAGCUUGCUUCAGAAUAACCAGAAACAUUGUUGA